UCCAACGUGGUUCCUUCUCAUACAGCGCUGCUUCUUCUCUGCACUUGUUUGCUUUAUGAAGUGUCAGUGAUGAAUUUGGAGCAAGAAAGGCCAUUUGUUUGCAAUGCCCCGGGCUGCUCCCAGCGUUUUCCCACUGAGGAUCAUCUGAUGAUUCACAGGCACAAGCAUGAAAUGACUUUGAAGUUUCCAUCAAUAAAAAAUGAUAAUAUGCUAUCAGACCAGACACCUACGCCAACGCGCUUUCUGAAGAAUUGUGAAGAAGUGGGGAUCUUCAAUGAACUGGACUGCUCCAUAGAGCAGGAGUUCAGAAAGGCACAGGAAGAGGAGGACAAUAAAAGGAACAUUUCGAUGCACGGCUCAGCAGGACCAUCUUCACACCAACCCCCUCACACAAGGAUGCCAAACCACGACACCAGCAUUGGGAUUCAGCAAGCCAUGCCAUCCCCACAGUCCAGUUCGGUCAUCACACAAGCACCUUCGACAAACAGACAGAUCGGACCUGUUCCUGGCUCUCUGUCUUCAUUGCUGCACCUUCGGAACAGACAAAGACAACCUCUGCCUGCCUCUAUGCCUGGCCCCCUCCCGGACCCUACCAUGCCUGGAUCUUCUGCAGUACUAAUGCCUAUGGAAAGGCAAAUGUCUAUGGGGUCCAAUAUGAUGGGAAUGCAGGGCCCAAACCUCAGUAACUCCUGUGCUUCACCCCAAGUCCCCACAAUGCAUUCAGAGGCGAAACUGAGGCUGAAGGCAGCCCUGUCACAUCACCCGGCAACUAUGCCCAACGGAAAUAUGAACACAAUGGGUCACAUGAUGGAAAUGAUGUCAGCUCGACAGGAGCAGGCUGCUCACCACCACAUGCACUCCCACCCUCACCAGCACCCAUCUCUGCAGCCUCUUCACCAUGCCUACCAGCAGCACCACCACCAUGCUCACCCGCCACCCCAACACCAGCACCAGCACCAGCACCAGCACCAGCAGCAGCAGCAGCAGCAGAGCCACACUCACCACCACUCACACCCGCCACCACACCUGCAUCACCACCAGACCUCCCCGCACCAGCAAAUCCAGUCCCAGGUAUCACCUGCAGCCCAGCAAAUGCAGGCAAGCCAGACAUUACAGUCGCCCCAACCCACUGGAGGCCGUAGGAGGAGGGUGGUGGAUGAAGACCCAGACGAAAGGAGACGGAAAUUUCUAGAAAGGAACCGAGCUGCCGCCACACGUUGCAGACAGAAGAGGAAAGUGUGGGUGAUUUCACUGGAAAAAAAAGCAGAAGAACUAACUCAGACAAACAUGCAGCUUCAGAAUGAAGUCACAAUGUUGAAGACCGAGGUGACACAGCUAAAGCAACUUCUGCUGACGCAUAAAGACUGUCCAAUCACUGCCAUGCAGAAGGAGUCACAAGGCUACCUAAGUCCAGAGAGCAGUCCGCCGGGAAGCCCAGCCCCAGUGUGCUCCCAGCAGCAAGUCAUUCAGCACAACACCAUCACAACCUCCACUGCUGCCAUCAGUGAAGCUGUGGGCAACUCUGUGCUGAGCCAGCUAGCCAAUCACAGAACAGACAUGAACCCGAUUCUUUAAAAAAGAAAAAAAAAACUCUUUCAGAAAGCAAAAAUGCCAUCAAUUCAUUCAGGACUAAAGCCUGGAAUCAAACUCCUUAAUAGAUUUAUGUGUUUUUUUUAAUUCAAGUUGAUGUUUUGUUUUGUUUUCUACUUACAGUUACAAGGGAAAUAAGCAAUUAAUACUAUAUGAUAUUAAUCCAGGAAAUGCUUUCAGUCUUCCUCUAAUUUUCUGGUACAGAUCUAAGGAUAUAAAAAGGAAUAUUCAAAGCCAGUGAUCAGCUUCGAUUUAGCCGUCUAGCAUGGCAUCCUGUUUACUGCAAGCUAUUGGGUCAGUGUUAAACAUUGCAAUUUUUUACCAGCAUUUGGUUGUAUCCAGAGAGCGUAUUGCUCUGUAUACGUUUUCAUGUUUGCAUCGAAGGGGCUUCCUUUGGUGAACUUUUUAAACUUCAUUGGCUCAUUUAAUCUGGCCAUAGUUGAGAUUUCAGACCAUCCUUGUGCAUUUUACACAUUCUGUUGCUGAUAUUAUUGUCUGUUGGAGUGUUUGAGCAGUUAUUGGUCAUGCUUGGUACAAUUUUCAAAGUGAUACAUUUGUCUCAUAGUACAUACACAGUUUCACUACUACUGUGUGUGCUGUAUUUGACCAGUUCAUAUUUUCACCAGCUGUGGUUGAUCUAUUGACUGUCUCUUUCAUAACUUUUUCUCAUGCUUUGUUUUUUGAAGAUUAUUUUUAAAAUAUCACUGUGGUAACAGGAUAUACUAAGGCAUAUUUUCAGUUUCUCUCCACACUAAAAAUGGAUUUUAAUCUAUAUGUGUUAGAUGUGCUUAGGUUUUUUUUUUUUUUUUUUUUUUUACUAACUACCUUACCUUUAAGUGUAAAAUGUGGAAGAGGUCACAGAUUUUCCAGUUUAAAAAAAAAAACAACAACAACAAAACACAAUUAUUGAAUCUUAAAAUGUAGCCAUAGAAAUGAAAUUGCCAGUUUGCUAAAUUAACAAGUUUCCUUCAUGUUACACAGAUUGUAUGACUGAGGGCAUUGGGUAAGUUAUAGAUUACAUUACAAGUAGAAAUGAAAGUUUCAGAGCUCAGAUAAGCUCAUUGUUAUUUGAAUAUCCCUUCUUGUGGAGUUUGUGAUCAUCUCUCAAUACAUGGUAGAUUUUCUAACUGAUGUCUACAACCGCAUGCCUGCAAGCCUACUUUGUGCUAUGCUGUAGUGUUUGCUUACUCAGAUACUGGAAACUUUUUUGAAGCUUUAUGAAAAUAGCAUUUUUUUUUUUUAAGAUAUGUUUUGUAUUGUAGAAAUUAAAUCAAACAUGUUAAGAUUUAAACAAAUAAUAAUAUUAAGGACCAACUGUGCAAAACACCUUACUGCUUAAAUGUUAUUUGAAAGACCACUGCACGGCUAACCACAAUGGCUUUCCUGUUUUUUGCAUCUCAGUCAGUUGUCUUUGUUGUGUGCUCUCAGGUUAUAUCUAUGUGUGUGAGCAUAGGAAGGCAUGUUUUCCGGGGGUAUUAGCUGCAGUAGGUACCCUGUCAGUACUAAUUCAUUCUUACAGUGCAUCAGGAGGUCUAAUCUUUAGCGUGCCUUUGCUGAACAACACUGAGGGUUUUAUUAACAUCAUAUCCAGUCAGCUUCUAUGGUACAUAAGCCAAAUAUUCAAUAGCAGUCAGUAAGCGCUGUAACUUUAUGUGUUACCAGGACCAAAAACAUGUAUAAAUAGAUUUCAUGUAUUUAUUGUUUUGAAGUUUAAGAGUAAUGUAAUGCUAAACUAAAAUACUACUGCUACUACUUUGAAUAGUAUUAUUGUUAAUAAUAAUAAUAAUAAUAAUAAUAAUAAUAAUAAUAAUAAUAAUAAUAAUAAUAAUAAUUUACAUUCCAAAGGAAAACUGGGUUGUGUGAUUUGAUUUUUUCAGUCUCCUGUGGGUGAAAGUUUUAAACGAACAUACGGUGUGUUUUCAGAAGAGCUCUGCAUCAAAUAAGAAAGCAGCCUUAAAUAUAUAAUUGUUAGUGGCAGAGACCUUUAGAACAAACUUUCAUGAUGUCCAUGAUAGGUUUUAUUGUUGGGGCUGGUUCCUUAUCAUUCGCAAACAAAAACAACAGGAGAAAGAUGUUACGAACACAACCCUGCCUCUUCAUCUGGAGAGUAUUAGGGAGACAUUUGGGUUUGUCAUUAUCUUCCUCAUUUCUUGAAGUAUUCAAUAUUUUCUGGCAAGCAGUAUUCUGUUGCUGAUAUUCGCCUGCAGCUGCAGUUUACCACAGUGUUUCUCCACAGUUUUAUAUCAGUGCUUGAGUCUUAUUUUAUGAGAUUCAACCUGUAAUACAGACUCAAAAGCUAUUUGCUGUAAGCAGGGAGCUUCUUACAGAGAAGCAUUUUAUAAUGAGACAGAAUGAAUGCUGGUUCACCUCAUUGUUUAACUCUAAUGGAUUCUGUAGUUCAUGUCGUUCACAAGGCAGAAAAGUGGCAAACCAUUUUUGUUUCUUGAAAACUUACAAAGCAACUUAACUUAAAUUGAGUAAAAUAUAAAAUGUACCUAAAUCUAACACAUCUAAAACAUUUUUUUAUAUGUAUUGUAUAUCACAUCCAAAGAUCAUUUUUCACUGUACCAGUUGUCAUGCCAGAAUCAUUUAAACUGUUAUUCCUACAGAUAUGCAAUGGUAGUAAAAUACUAAGAUAGAAAUAUGGAGGGGAAAUGUAUUCACGGAUAUCUGGUUUUGUCUACUAGUUUGCAUUAUUUUUGAACCACUAUCUGUAUUUUCAGUAAAAUCUUCUGUUCAAUAGGUGGCAUUUGUGUGUGUGUGUGUGUGUGUGUGUGUGU